AUGAAGUUGUUCGUGGUCACCGCUUUUGUGACGUUUGUCCUAUAUAGUUCAGCAUCUCCCGCCAAGGAGGCGCUGUUACAUCAGCUAAAAAUGGAAAACAACGUCGAUCCGACGGAGGCGGAGACUGCCUAUUCACCAAAUUCAAAUGAGGGCGACAUCGUUCUAAACCCGGGCCAGCUUCGUGACUAUAAAGAUAUGUCACGUCAAUAUGAUGGCAGAGAGAAACGCAAAGCAGUCAAUACAGAUAACUAUAAAGUUUGGCCUAGUGGUAUUAUCCCUUACGAAUGGGAUACCAUAGCUGAAGGGAACAGACCAAACGCACAGAAAGCUAUGCGCGCAUGGGAAGAAAAUACCUGUCUCACUUUCCCCGAGUGGCCAGCAGAGGGAGUUAAUCAUAAUGGUAAACUGUCAUUCGUUGAUGGAACUGGAUGUUGGUCCAAUAUGGCGUUUACUGGAGGAACUCAAAAGGUGUCUUUAGAUUCCAGUGGUGGGUGCAGUGCGUUGGGAGUGGCGCUGCAUGAGAUUGGACACGUAAUUGGGUUAUGGCACGAGCAUACAAGACCAGAUAGAAACGACACUGUAACUAUCAAAGGCGAAAAUAUUGAACCCGGAAAAGAGUCGUCUUUCACUACCAAGGAUUGGGCGAUGGUUGACUCCCAUGACGUACCAUAUGACGUCACCUCAAUUAUGCACUAUGCUCCAAAGGCUUUCAGUGUUAAUGGAUUGCCAACCAUCGAAGCUGAAGCGGAAGAAUUCCAAAGUAUAAUGGGAAAGCAGACUUCACUUUCUCACUUGGACCACAAGAUAGUGAAUCUGAUGUAUAAGUGUAACGGAUGUGGUGGUAAACUGACCGGUACUUCAGGAUCAUUUAGCACUCCUAACUACCCUUCUAACUACGUUGAUGUCACAGCAGAUGACUUGCAAGUUGUCACAACAGAUGACUUGCAAGAUGUCACGACAGAUGACUUGCAAGAUGUCACGACAGAUCACUUGCAAGGUGUCACGACAGAUGACUUGCAAGAUAUCACAACAGAUGACUUGCAAGGUGUCAAGACAGAUGACUUGCAAGAUAUCACGACAGAUGACUUACAAGAUACUAAUAUCACGACAGAAGACUUGCAAGAUGUCAUGACAGAUGACUUGCAAGAUGUCACGACAGAUGACUUGCAAGAUGUCACGACAGAUGACCUGCAAGAUGUCACGACAGAUGACUUGUAA